UGAGAAAGUGGAUGUACUUUUUGUUUUUGUGAUGCGAUGUAGAAAGAAGUCCUAUGGAUGAGCAGAGGAGGAAGGAAGUGUUCUCAAGCUGCGUCGCCGACAUUGUCUACGAGCGAGUACUACUCAUGGGCCCUGGUCGCGGUGGAAAAACUGGAGUGUUGAGGUCGCUGCAAGACAAGAGGUUCACGAAGACCGCCAGUACACUUGGCAUAGACAUGGAAAAGCUUACCUUCACCCUGAAUAAGAGCAAAAGAGGAGUGUACCAAUUGGAGUCAACGAAUGCGUCGCAUCACCUAGCCCUGCUGUCUGCCUCAAUCGUCGACAAAAUUAUCGGUGCUGAAGCUGACUCUGGUACUGAUGUCAGCGGUACAAACGCCUUCCAACGUCUGGCAGCUGGAGCAGCUGGUGCAGCUGGUGCAGUUUGGGGCACGUUUUUCAAGCGUCUGGAUGAGACUUCUGGUUUGGGUGAGAACACACUGUUUGUUGACGUGUGGGAUUUGGCAGGGCAGAUGCCAUUCCACGCGUUACACGACCUUGUGUUUUCACCCGAACGCACCACGUACUGCGUCGUCUUCGAUGCCAGCAUCGAACUGCAUCAACCGUAUGCAGACAUCUUGACUGAUGAAGAUGGCGAGGACAAUCAGCUCAACAUCAGCCAACCCGCCUGUACCUACUUUGAUGUCAUCGACUCAUGGCUAUGUACAGCUCGCGAAGCACUUACCGACAACUGCACAGCGCCGAUUUUCCUCAUUGGCACACACCUGGAUAGUAUGUCGAAAGAUGUUCGCAAACGAAGGAAACAACUGCAACAACUGAUGCUCGGCAAGAAGUAUACUGACAGCCUAUAUCCGAUCAUCUUUGUUGACAACACUGUGUCUGGGUCAAAAGUUGACCAAGGAGUUGCAGAGUUGCGUGAACAGUUGGCCUGCGUCAUCCAAUCCCGUCGCAGAGAGAAGUUACCAAUCUCGUGGCUGCCAUUCCCAGAGGUGCUGGAGGCGAUUGCACAAAAGACGUCAUCGUUCAUCAUGAGCUACGACAAGGUAUGCAGCAUUGCUCAGGAUGCAUUUGGUGAUACUGACGUGAAUGUGCCUCGUCUCUUGAGCUUGAACCAGUCGCUUGGCUAUCUCAUUGUCUUUGAUGAUGAAGGUAGCCACUUUCCAUCGGCUACAGCUAGUAUGCCACCUGUUGGAGCAGCACAAGCAUCAUCAGCAUCCACACCACGAGCAGCACCACUACAAUCACCAGCAGCAGCAGCAGCAGCAGCGCCCACGUCACAAUCUCAGCCACAAGCCAUGGCAGAAGGAGUAGCAGCCGCAGAUUUUGGCCAAAGAAAAAAGGUUCUAGCUAGCACCCCAUGGCUGAUGUCAGCAUCCAAGGCUGUCCUUUCGCCAGCACCGGUGUCGUAUAAGCAAGCUGCUGAGUUCAAGGAGCAGUACAAGCUGCUAAAGGAUGGCAUCCUGUGUGAGUCGCUAGCCAUUCACAGAUGGCAGCAGGAGAAGGCCACGGAAGGUCUGGUGCGAUUUCAGGAGCAGCGCCGAAGUCUUUUUUCACUGCUAGCGUCUCAUGGCGUAGUCUAUGAUGCUGGCGAAGAUGAUCCAUUUUGUACGGGGUACAAAGUCUAUUAUGUGCCAGUCCAUGCCCAGUGUAAGCCGUCACAAGCGCUAGAGUCCAAAUCAGCGCCGCUCUACUUGGUUGACGAAGAUCCAGACAGGAGCAUCACUCAAGCGCAUUUUGGCCGAAUCACCGUGCGAUGCUUGCAAAAGUACCAACCGCACCGGACGAAGGAUUUGCGCAUGGGCCUCAACGUCUCCAUGAGGUGCCAGAAUGAGUUUCAGCUUCAACUCUCCUAUUCUUCCACAGCCAUUUGCAUCACAGUGGACAGCGACAAGAGCGAGAAGACAAUAGAUCACUGCGAGUCUGUUGUUCGCUUCAUUCUCAGUGCCACCACAGAGCUGCAGCAGCUGUAUGGCCAGCGCCUGCCGCGCCUCCAUCCCAGCAUUGCGUGUCUGUGCCGCGAUGACAGGCGAUGCCAGCUUCAUAACCAGCCGCACUGCAGGAGCACCGGAUGCCAGCACUUUGCAGAGAUUGGCGAAGACGUCCGACCAAUUCGCUGUGGCCUAAGGCAAGCGCAUACCGACCGGCCAACGUGGGAUAGAUGGAUCAAGCCGUUCUACCCGGACUGCAAUGUUGAUGACUUGUGUCGCUUAGUUGUUGACGGCGCUGCUGGGAUGAAUGAUGACGACAAUCCUUGGUGUGAUAUUCGCUACAAGAGGCACCAUAAGUGGUUUGUCGAGAGACUUCCACCGCGGGAGACUCGCCUUGCGGCGGUCUCGAACGGGCUGAUUAUGGAGGGUUUUCAACGCUGCCUGAUGGAUCGCAGUCAUCGCACUGAUCACAACGAAGAAUUUCUCAGAGAGGUCUCUGGCGGUGGUCGUAGGACAUUCAAGUUGUUCCUCGAGGUCAUUGAUGACCUUGGCUACAACUUUGUGAAUGUGCGAGC